CACCCCGCUCGUCGUAACUUUUUGCGUCGGCGCGGGCAGUGCAGGCAGUGCAGUGCAGGCGGGCAGGCAGGCAGGCGGGCGGUCACGUUUAACGGUACAAAGUCAGUAUUUGUACGAAGGCACACGUCGAUACGGCGGAGUUGUUAGUUUCUCGGCAAACAUGAGCGCGCUUCUCUUUCUUGUGCUUGUUUUUGUCGGCUCGGCGGAGCUCCGGAGCCACGUCCGCCUCCCUCCGCCGUUCUCCCCGGGGGAGGCGCACCUCGGCCGGGGCGAGGAUGCCGCGGCGGUCCCUCGGGGGCGGGUCCCCGGAGCGAGUCGAGACGAGGCUCCCCGGAGACUUGAAGACCCGAGCGGCUACUUCACGACCCCGCGGGUCAUCAGCGGCACCGCCGGGCUCCGGGCGACCUCGUCCUCCCCCCCCGGGCCGCCGCGGCCGCUCUUCCCCGUCGCCGUCGCCGUCGGCUCGUACUGGGCUUACGCGCUGCUGCUGCUGGGCCUGGCCCUCUUCUCGGUGGGCACGGUGGGCAACCUGGCGCUCAUGUGCACCGUGUGGCACAACGUGUACCUGCAGAGCGCCUGGAACUGCAUCCUGGCCGGCUUGGCCCUCCUGGACCUCCUGGUGCUCUUUUUCUGCCUGCCGGUGGUCGUCUUCCACGAGCUGACCUCGAGGCGCCCGCUGGGGGGAGCGUCCUGCCGCCUGGUGCCCUACCUGGAGGUGACGUCUCUGGGCGUGGCCACGUUCAGCCUUUGCGCUCUGAGCAUCGACCGCUUCCACGCCGCCACGAGCCCCGGCCCCGGCCCCGGGCCCGGCCCCGGGCCCUCGGUGGAGCCCUGCCGCUCCGUCCUGUCCAAGAUGGCCGUGGUGUGGCUGGGCUCGCUGACGCUGGCCGCCCCCGAGCUGCUGCUGUGGCGGAUGCGGCGGGAACCCGCCGGGCCCGGGGACUUCACCCCGGCGGGCCUCCGGGCGCGGGCCGACGCCCCGCCGGCGGCGGCGGACGUGUGCGUCCGCGAGCCGUCCGAAGAACUGCCCGACGGCGUCUACUCGCUGGCGCUGACCUAUCGGGAGGCUCGGACCUGGUGGAUGUUCGGCUGCUACGUCUGCCUGCCGCUGCUCUUCACGCUGGCCUGCGAUCUGGUGACUCGACGGGUGUCGGCGCGGCGACCCGUCAAGGCGGCGAGCAGACGCUCCUCCUCCUCCGCCGCCUCUUGCGUGUCGUCAUCACCGACCAAGAAGAAUGAAGGUCACCGUCGCCACGGCGAUCCGAGGCUCGGCUCGACGGUGACGUGGCUGAGCGCCUUGUACGGGGCCUGCAACGUACCCGCCAGCGCGUGUAGCAUCGCGCUGGCGUACGGGGCGGCGGCGCCGGCGGCCACUCUGGCGGGACACUUCUUCCUGUUCGCUCGCUGCGCCGCCGCGCCCGUGCUGCUGCUGUGCUCGUGUCGCCCGCUGGGUCGGGCCUUUCGGGACUGCUGCUGCUGCUGCUGCGACGAGUGCCGACCCGACGCGCCCUCGUCCGCCGCCGCCGCCCCCUCCUCGCCCUCCCCGACGUCCCUGACCGCGUCCGCGUCUGCGCCCGACGAUGCGUUGCGAGCCGUCGGGACGCCCUGCUGAGCUGAGCUCUUUCACUCGGGUUCGGACCUCGGCACUCGGCCCUUUAAAAGUAAGGUUUCAAGAUUGGAUUGGGGUUUGAAAUGAGCCUUUAAAGCAGGAUUACGGUUUCAAAUUAUGGGUGGGGUUUCAAACCAGAGGUAGCAUUUCAAAUUAGGGUUUCAAACUAGUGUUAGUGUUUCACGGGAGGCUUUCAAAACACUUCGGGUUUCCAACGAGGGUUAGGUUUUAGGGUUGCAAACAAGAAUGAAAGUUUGAAAUUAGGGCUUCAAGGCAGGGUUAGGGUUUUAAAUUAGAGUUUCAACCUAGGUUUAGGUACAGGGUUUCAAACCUGGAUUAAGGUUUCAAACGGGGUUAGAUAGUCAAUCUAAAGUUUCAAAACGGAGUAAGGCUUUUAAACAAGGUUCAGGGUUUGAAGCCGGGGUUAGGUUUCAAGAAAUGAUUAGGGUUUCAAUCUAGCGUUAUGGUUGACACGUCGUAGCUGAGAUUUAGUCGCCUCGUCGCCUUUGAACCUUGACGGCGUCCUUGUUAUGACAUCGUUACUAAUCGAAAAUGGCGAGCGAUCUUCCGGAACCUCAUUAACGAUUCAGAAUCGAUGACGUCAUCGUACUCGCGAAGAUUUUCCGCUAAAAAAGACAACACAAACGUUACUGUUAUGACAAAACGCUUCACACGACCUUUCAACUUGUUGUUCUUCUACUCGUUUUGUAACUUUUGAGUAAAAACUUUGGAUUGGA